CGCCCUCGCUCGGAGUCGAGAGAGGUUUUAGUCUGUGCCAUCAUCACGCCAGCUGUCCUACAUCUUGAUCGGUCUCGAUAUAUCAUAGCCCUUUCCGUUUCCUUAGGUCUCCUUUCCUAUCUAUUUCCUAGUCUUUUCUUACUUUCCAAUCUCUCUCGGUAUUUCCUUCCUGCAACCUGGGUCUCCGGUCUCCUUUCCUGUCUUGUUACCGUCACGAACGCAACGACCGCGCAGAACACAGUCGCUCCAAGUCGCUACCCGCAGGUCAUAUCGGGAGACGAAGGAAGAGAGUUUGAAGCCAAGAAAUACCUCAGACCAGGCCAACAGCCACACACAGAGCCACCAUGCACGCCUCCAUAAUAUUCGCAUCGGCGCUUUUCGCCUCGGCCUACGCCGCCCCGGCCUACCCCGCACUCAACAUGGACGCUGCCAUGCCCGGCUCCAUCACGGUCAUGUCGGAGUACUUCAACAUGCUGGCGAGGAAGGUUCAGGAGCAGAGGGCCAUGUCCCAGACGCCGGUGUGCGAUCUGUCAAUGGCACAACUCCCCACGGUCCCGGGCUCCAAAAACCCCAUGCCCCCUCCGAGCGCCGGCCUGGCCCUGAAGCACAUCGCGCUCGGCCGCGGCACGCAAAACUACACGUGCGACGCCGGCAACGCCACCGCCGCCCCCGUGGCCGCGGGCGCACUCGCCACGCUCUUCAACGCCAGCUGCGUCGGCUCCUACUUCCCGCAGCUCCUCAACCAGCUGUCCAAGGUCACCAUCCUCUUCAACCUCACGGGCGAGGAGCUGGACCAGAAGAUCGCGCCCUCGAACCUGGCCAUCUCGGGCCACCACUACUUCACCCCCGACGCCACCGUGCCCUUCUUCGACCUGGACGUGCCCGGCCAGCAGCUCGGCCGCGUCAGCGUGGGCAAGAACGCCUCGGAGCCCGCACCCGCCGACGCGCCCCGCGGCCAGCAGGGCGAGGCCGCCGUCGCCUGGCUCAAGCUCACGGCCAAGCCGGGCAUGGCCACGGGCGAGCUGCAGGAGGUCUACAGGGUCGGCACCGCCGGCGGCAGCCCGCCUGCCACAUGCAAAGACAUGCCCGCCAAGUUCGAGGUCCAGUACACCGCGCAAUACUGGUUCUACGCAGGCAAGCCUUCAGAAAAGAAGAACUGAGCUUUCUAGAUGCUGUGUGUUAUGAUGAGCGAAUUCGUCAUGGAAAAUAUGAAUGGGAGGAUGACCUCGAAUACCCAUGUUGCUUUACGCUUUGGAGGUCUCUGCAAUUGGCUUUUUUUCCUUCUUUCUACUCCUCUUCUUCCGGGCUCUCUUGCUCUUCUUCCGGGCUCUCUUGCUCUUCUUCCGGGCUCUCUUGGCCC